AUGCCUCACUUUACCCAGAAGCUAGAGUCCGUUGAGGCUUAUGUUGACUACCAUCAACCGCCCCCCAAAUACGAGGCAUUCCCCGUGCAAAUGAUCGCUAUUCUCGGCUUUCAGCCCGCCAAGUACAAUAGACAGCUCGUUCCAGUCAUGGACGUGCGCACGUGCGACGAGUUCAACCACGUCACCCAGGGUUUCAAAGCUGCUGACAGCACUAUCCAGGAACGGGCUGGGAGGGAGCUUAUAGAUUUGGUCUCCCCGACCAAUUUCGGGAAGAUUCCCAAGAGCUCCAAGGCAUCGGCCAGGAUCUUUCGGCUGGAUCCAGUCACCGCGCGAGACCAGGAAUCGAGCGGCCUGGUAGAAUUCGAUAUCUCAUGCUUGCUGGUGAUUUUAUCAGCGACAUCCCAUGCGAGCCCGCCGGAAUUCCCUCACUUGAAGUAUAUUGUGCAAGACCUGCUGGAGACUGUGACAAUUGUUCAGAGGGCGUUUAUCGCCGACACCAGCAUCGAUCCGGCAGUCAAAUUGCACAUCCAGUUCAUGUCUUCAGACUUUCCCAGGCCUCGAACAGUUUUGGAUGCCCACAUGUACUUUCUUCGUAUGAUCAUGCACGACUGGCUGGACAGAGACGCCCGCAUCAUUUUGCAAAAACCUUCAAACGGCUCCGGAGUCAAACCCUAA